AUAAAUAUUCCACAUUAAAAUACACAUCGAAAACCAAAGAUAACACAAUCAUGAGCGAAAAAAAAAAGAAAGAAGAAAAACAUCAAUUCAACACUAAGCGUCUCAGUCGAUCGCGUGCAAUAAGGCUCAACGAAACCUAUUGAAGCAAGCCAACACGCUCGCAGCAUUACCGCAGAUGAUGGCGAGGUUACGGCGCUGUAACAGCCAGGCACCCACACUGGCAUUACCUGACACCUCAGUAAGGCGAGCUGCUAACGAUGACAGGAACUUCGCUGUCAGCUGCACAGCUCUUCCAAAUAUCUCAAAAGUCACAGGCCGGGAGAAAUGGUUCACCGACAAGUUCCGAUACUUAGGGAUUUUGUUCCGAUGUCCUCCGACUCAUUCGAGUGACUACUUAUACUGGCCCGACCCAUAAGGUAGGUGCCUCAUCUGAGACGCCAAUCAGUGACUCCUUUGCCACCCUAACAUCCUGGAUGCUGUAGUAAACGGGUGAGUCUUGCUUCUGUAGCCGAACGGAACAAAAUCCUAAAAUAUCGGGAAUUGUCAGUAAGCCCUUUCUCUACUUUGUGACCUUUGAAGGAGCUGGGCCGCUAACAAGAGUUCUUGUCAUCGUUUUGUGUUGGCAGUCCAUUGUUUCCAUUUUAAGUUUAUCUCUACUGGGUUUGUACAGAGUUCAGAGCCAGCCCUGAAAGUUAUGACAUUUCUAUACGAAUACGACUAUGUAAACAAUGAGAUCGAAGACAGAAAACAUAGUGUAUCUGGUAAUAACUGAGUUGACAAUUUCUCACACAAGACACAUCAAGAGAUUUAUGAAAAAUAUGAAAAGCUGAAGAAUGACUUAAUAGAAAAAAUAUAACAGUGGUUAUAUAACCUAAAGAAAUAUUUCAACAUUUUUUGAAAAUGAAUGGAAAAUUUAGCACAGUUGAUGUAAAUAUUAGCCACAUGUUGUAUGCUUGAGCUGAGUCAUAUAAAUUCAAGGAUUAAAUCUUGGAGAAGAAAUCUGUCCUCAAACAUACUUGAAAGAUGUUAUGUAUAACUGAGACAAAAGUACAAAUAUUUUCAAAUAUUUAUGUCACAUAAAAUAGACUGUAUUAUCAGUAAGUUUUGAUCUCCUGAUUAUUCAGUAGUCUAGCAUGUUAAUCACAGUGUCUCUUUGCCUUCUAACCACACAAUUUAUUUUCACAAAAUUAUAUAAUAAUAAUAAAAAGGAAUAAUAUUUUAUGACCGACAAAUCACAUAAUGGAGGAGAGACUGUCUGAGAAUCAGGUUUCUAACGAAACACAAUGUGAGAAUAAUGAGUUUAAUCACCAAACUGAAGAAGAUGUAGGGAAGAAAUCAUACCACUGUGACAUCGAAGGAAAGACAUUCAUGAAAAGUAAGGACUGCAAUGAAGACAAACCAUUUCAAGCAGGUUCAAAUGUUUACUGUUCUAAAAUAUGUGGUAAAGGAUUUAUCAGAAGUUGUUCUGUAUCUCCACAUCAAUGUAUUGAGACAUGUGAGAAACAAUAUCACUGUAAUAUGUGUGGUGAAGCAUUUUCUUGGAAUAAAGAUGAACAUUCAGCUAGUCAUGUAUGCACUCACACAGGGGAAAAAUCAUACUGUUGUGAAUUCUGUGGCAAAACAUUUGCGUACAUCGGAAUUGCAAAUACCCACAAACGUACACACACAGGUGAGAAACCAUUCCGCUGUGAUAUCUGUGGGAAAGUAUUCUCUCGUAAGGGUAUCUUAACUGUUCACAAGCGUACACACACUGGUGAGAAACCAUACCACUGUGAUAUCUGUGGCAAAACAUUCUCUCGUAAUAGCCAAGUGAUUGUUCAUAAACGUAGUCAUACAGGUGAGAAACCAUACCAAUGUGAUAUCUGUGGUAACAAAUUUUCUAUGCAUGUACAUUUAGUUAAUCAUAAGCGUACUCACACAGGAGAAAAACCCUUCCACUGUGAUAUCUGCGGUAAAACAUUCUCUCGUAAUGCUGAAUUAACUAUUCAUAAACGUAGUCAUACAGGUGAGAAACCAUACCAAUGUGAUAUCUGUGGGAAAACAUUUCCUCGUAAAAAUACCUUGACUAUUCACAAACGUACACACACAGGGGAGAAACCAUACCACUGUGAUAUCUGUAGUAAAACAUUUUCUUGUAAUAGUGACUUGACUGUUCACAAACGUAUUCACACAGGUGAGAAACCAUACCCUUGUGAUAUCUGUGGUACAACAUUCUCUCGUAAUGAUAAAUUAACUAUUCACAAACGUAGCCAUACUGGUGAGAAACCAUUCUCCUGUGAUAUCUGUGGUAAAACAUUCUCUCAGAAGCCUAGUUUAACUUCUCAUAUACUUACUCACACAGGUGAGAAACAGUACCCUUGUGAUAUCUGUAGUAAAAGUUUUUCUACAAAUUCUAAUUUAACUAUUCACAAACGUAUUCAUACAGGUGAGAAACCAUAUAAUUGUGAUAUUUGUGGUAAAAAGUUUUCUCGUAAUUUUCAUUUGACUAGACACAUAAGCAUUCACACAAUUUAAAAACUAUAAUACUGUAAAAUCUGAUAAUUCAGUUUCUAAUUAUGGUAAAUUGACUGUUCAUAUACCUACCUACACAAGUAAGAAACCUUCGUUUUUUACCUGUGAGUUGCUUGGUGAAAACAUUCUCUUGAUUGUUCAUAUAUAACUUGAGAAUUGAUACCACAGGGAAUUCUGUGUUCAAACAGUCUCUCAAAAUGUUAAUUUGACUUAUAGACAUAUUUACAUCAUCCACAUCAUCAUUGUUAUUGUUUCAAUGCCAGAUUUACCAUGCUUUCAUGGGUCAUAUCGAAUUCAUUGAUCAGAUUUUCUAUGGCUGGAUGCUCUUCUUGUCACUAACCCUCAUCAUGGCUGGACAUGUUUUCAUGAAAGACACCACUUGUAUGAUGGUAGUGCUUGUUUGUAAUUGACACCAAAUUUCCAGAAAGGGAGAGACACACACAUAUGCAUAUGUAAAUAUAUAAUAAUCUUCCAGUUUCUAACUACCAAAUCCACUCAUAAGGCUUUGGUAGGCUUGGAGUUAUAGUAGAAAAUACCUGCUCAAUGUGUCACAGUGGGAUUGAACCCAAAACCACUGUGUAAUAAAUCAAACCAUUGAGUAAGCAUUUCCCUGAUAUCUAUGGUUAAGUUAUUUGAAAGAUUAGGUUGAUUAAUCACAAAUUAAUCUACUCAGGUGAAAAAGCAAUCCACCAUGAAUUCUAUGGGCAUACAUUGCCUCAGAAUGCUCAUUCAGCACAUGAUAUAUUCAUGUAUAUAAUAACCAAACCAAUGUGAGAUUUGAGG